CCUGCCCAGAUGAGAGGUGUUUGCACAUCACCCAUGCUUUAGGGGAAAGUACACUACAGCACUCCUCUUGGACAUCUGCUGAGAACUUUAAACAGGAACACAGUAGCUCACUUACACAAACACCAAGCCAACAUACAGGAAGCUUGACACAUUCUGAGGUUUGUCUACGGGCCAACCAGAAGCCGAGAGGUGGAGGCCACGCUCAUUCUUCAUUAUCAGUCCCAGGCGUCGUGCACUCACCAGUGUUUCUCACUCAUCUGUCACACUUGACCUGCACUGAGGCUGUCGGGUAUCAUGUCUCUAUCUGCCGAGUACAGCAGUGAUAAAACGGGUGACAGGGGUGGAGGAGGUGGAGUUGCUUUGGCCCAUCAGAGGAGACUGAUCCGGGGACUGCUUGUUUGGGCCACCCUGCUCACUCUAGGCUUGGGCACAUCAAUAACUCUCCACUUCAUCCAAAGAGAAUCACCAGCUCCUAGUAAACGGCAGAUUCAAGAAAACGUCACCCAGCCUCCUCAGUCCAAAGAAAUUCCCAUAAUGGAAUUUUCACCAAACUGGAAAGACUCCGAGAUGGUGGAGAAACUCCAGUGGAAAACAGUGCGUGAGGAUUUUUUCAAGGUAAAGGAACAGCUUUUGGUGAACAAGGACGGCCAAUAUUUCCUGUACCUGCAAGUUACCCUUGCGUCUCAAGAGAAAGCAAACCAUACAAUCACUGUGGUAUCAAAACAAAGACAAGUGAUUUUAAAAGGUCUUAUCAAUGGAUCAAAACUCUCAACUCUCUUCAUGGCUAAAGGCAUUUCCCUCGCUAAGGGAGAUACUCUAACUGUGACCUGCCAGCCGAAAGCCAAAAUCCAGACCAAUCACACUGAAACCUACCUGGGUGUGAUCAAGAUUAAUUCAACCUGAAUCUAGAUCAAAGACUGGAACGGAUUUGUGACAGUAUUGAAUGUGGACUCCCUCCGCACUGAUCUGCUGGGUUUUGAUGUACACACCGAAGGCAGUGUACGGCAUGUUAGCUUUCUUUAUUUAUUUCUUAAAGUGACAUCUUUAAAACUCUCUGCCUUUAUUGCACUAGCCUAUAUUUAAGCUUCUCCCCACUCAAUGGAUGAAGUGUCACUGAAUGUCCAUGUGUGGCCGAAUUCUGAUUGUUACCAAUGUAAAAUUGGCACCCCAUUGAUGCACUUUAUAUACAUGUAUGUAUAUAUAUAUAUAUAUUUGUGUGAAGCUGACCCUUUGCUGAACCCCUGAACUGCUCCAAAUGUUUCUUCAACUCACUCACUUUGGUAUUGUGAAUACCUUAGUCCACACUACAACACCUGAG